GCAAGCUGAAACCGGUUCGCAGGCGGAGUGCGCGUACCCGAGAAGCCGGUUUCAGCUGGCGUGUUGCCCCGGAAACCGCUGAACUAUAUAAUGAAUGCCAGCACUUCGCCGGCCUCAUUCAGAACAGAGCACGCCGGCUUGGGGGAAGCGAAAAAAAAAUAAAUUAUAUAAAAACCGCGGGAUUUUAUUUUUUUAUUUCCCGGAUUCUGGUCUAAUGGGCACAAAUCUUUGUAAAUGCUUUUUAAGAUCACUCGCUUGAGCAAAGCACACACUGGCCCUGGCCUUGAGGCUUAUCUGAAAGGAUUUAACUUCACCGGGGAGCCGCCUUGGGUGUUCUGAUCCUCUGACAUUUGAUAAUUCCAUCUCUUUCUAUCCAAUUUUAUUUUGCAAGUGGAACUUGAUUUGUGACCAUGACCUCGUUCAACGACUUUGAAUUUUCCUUCCUGGAUGAGGGUUUCUGUGCACGGGACAUUGUUGAGCAGAAAAUCAACGAGUCCACCUCAUCUGAUGACAAGGAUGCCUUUUUUGUGGCAGACUUAGGUGAUGUCCUUAAGAAACACCUUAGAUGGGCACGUGCCUUGCCUCGUGUCAAACCUUUCUAUGCUGUGAAAUGUAACGAUAGCAGGGUUAUUGUAGAGACUCUGGCAACAUUGGGGACAGGCUUUGACUGUGCAAGCAAGACUGAGAUCCAGCUUGUGCAGUCUCUGGGAGUGGAGCCCAGUAGGAUCAUUUAUGCCAAUCCAUGCAAGCAGGUGUCACAGAUCAAGUAUGCUUCUGCACAUGGAGUGCAGAUGAUGACCUUUGAUAGUGAAGUGGAGCUAAUGAAGGUUGCUCGUAGCCAUGACAAUGCCAAGCUAGUGCUGCGCAUAGCUACAGAUGACUCUAAGGCAGUAUGCAGGCUGAGUGUGAAGUUUGGAGCCACUCUGAAAAACAGCAGGCUGCUUCUGGAACGGGCAAAGGAGCUGGGUCUGGACAUCAUUGGAGUCAGCUUUCAUGUAGGGAGCGGCUGUACAGAUCCAGAGACGUACACCCAGGCCAUUGCAGAUGCACGCUGUGUCUUUGACAUGGGGGCUGAGCUUGGCUACAAUAUGACCCUUCUGGAUAUUGGCGGUGGCUUCCCUGGCUCUGAUGAUUCCAAGCUGAAGUUUGAAGAGAUUACUGCUGUGAUCAACCCUUCACUGGAUAAGUACUUUCCUGCAGACUGUGGUGUGAGGAUAAUUGCAGAGCCUGGCAGAUUCUAUGUAGCAUCUGCAUAUACACUAGCAGUGAACAUCAUUGCUAAAAAAGUGAACAUGAAGGAGCAGUCUGGCUCUGAUGGUAAGAUCCUGCAUUCAGUUACUUUGUAUAACAUUUGUACAAAGAACAGAAACUUACCUUUUUCUUUUUAUGCAGAUGAAGACGAUGGAACCAGUGACCGAACUCUAAUGUAUUAUGUCAAUGAUGGUGUUUAUGGAUCUUUCAACUGCAUCCUUUUUGAUCAUGCACAUGUCACCCCAAUUGUGCACAAGAAAGCCAAGCCUGAUGAGCGCAUAUACCCAUGCAGUAUUUGGGGUCCUACCUGCGAUGGCCUGGACCGCAUUGUGGAGCUGUGUGCUCUGCCAGACCGGCAGGUAGGAGACUGGCUGCUGUUUGAAAACAUGGGUGCUUACACUGUUGCUGCCUCGUCCACCUUUAAUGGCUUCCAGAAACCAGACAUCUAUUAUGUUAUGUCCAGAAAAGCUUGGCAACGGAUGCAGCAGAUUCAUGAGCAGGGAAUGCCAAGUCUGGUGGAAGAGCAGAGUCUAGGGAACAUGGGAGGCCACUGUGGGUGUGGAAGCACCUUGGAACUGCCGGCUAAGCCCUGUGCCACCCGUGUGCUUUAAAGCAACAGAUGCAGUGCUGCAUUAAUUUGUUACAUCAAAAUAGAUGCUUAUUGGUCCUCUGAUAAUGAAAGUCUUGGAACCCAGUGUUACUAAAUGACAGUUACAUUUUCCCAUUACAAAUGCUAACUGGUCCAUGUUGCAUGUGCCCCUAUUAUUGCAGAUGCACAAUUGCCUUCUUUUAAAAAAUAUCUUUGCUUCCUUCUGUACACAGUUAUUUAACCAGGGAAAGGGGGAUGAACAUGGUUGUCUUUCCAUUUACGGUAUUUCAUUGUGGUCUAUUAGCCACUCUCCUAAACAUCCAAUGAAUUCGCCAUCAAUGCAAUGCAGUUUGAAUACAUUUAACCACUACAAUGGACCACUGUAUUCAGCACAUGGCAUGACAUUUACUGCUGGGAAGCCUCUUCUGAUCAUUCACAGAACCAAACACAUUCCUGUUAGUUUCUUUACUCUUAUGACAAUUUUUGUUUGUAUGGUAGUAAGAUAAUAAUAGUUCUUUAAAAGUAGCAUUAUUUAUGACCAUGAUGCAUUUUAAAAUGGAUAUGAAAGAGAUGGGAUUGCAUUCAUUUUGCUUUCCUAUGGAAACUUUUUAAAGAUUUUUUUUUGUAUCUUAUUUGUUUUUAUAAAUAAAAACCUCAAAAAAGCA